AUGGAUAAAUUGUUAGUGAUUAUCGGUGUGGUGAUGGCUAGAUUGUGUGAUUGUUGGUCGACCGAUGAAUUAGCUUUGUAUGAUCUCGUUGAAGAAGUGAACGCUAAUUUUUAUGAAUUAUUUUCACUUGAAAAGGAUGCGAGUUUAUCCGACGUAAAAAAGGCAUAUCGCCGAUUGAGUAUGGAGUUACAUCCAGAUCGAAAUCAGGCUGAAGAUGCAAAUGAACAGUUUAGACGGAUAGCUGCCAUUUACGACGUCUUGAAAUCACCUUCACUCAGGCAGGCUUAUGAUAAUAUUCUCGAGUUCGGUCUUCCUGAUUGGAGACAGCCUAUUUAUUAUCUCAGACGUGCUCGAAAGCUGUCGUGGAUAGAGACAACGGUUGUGCUAUUAUUAAUAUCAACGAUAACGCAUUACUUGAUGAUGUGGGGAGCGUACAUCGACAAGUGUUGGAUACUUGAAUCUCGAAGUUCAAAGCAUCGUAAAAAAGAGCUUCAACGACAAAGAAAAGCGGGUAUCUGUGAUGAAAUGAUAGAUGAUCAACUGCUUGAGGAUAAACCAAAAUUAACCAAACUUCUACCUUUCAUUCUCAUUUCGUUCGCUUAUCAUGUCGUAUUGCAUUCACCUGAACUCAUCACUGCUUGCUACGAAUAUUUCUUCAAACAACAACAACAUCCUGAGGAAGAAGAAGAGCCGCUGAGAAAGGUUCCAAUCUAUAUGGAGUUGUCACCUCAACCAGUUUAUGAAUACGCAGUUGCGAGUGAUUUAAAGCCUGUUAUGAGUACUGAUAUUGAUAAGGACGGUUUGAAUAAUCAUCAGCUGGAUAGUAAUAGUUAUUCUUCACGAGGUAAGAAAUGGACUUGUGAAGACUUGGAACAUUUGGUCAAAUUAACCACUGAGAAGUAUCCCGCCGGAACACCUGAUAGAUGGAAAUUAGUGGGACUGAUAAUGAAUCGAGAUACUGACGAAGUGGCUGCAAUGACCGGAAAAUUGAAACUGGUUAAAAAGGAUGAAUAUUCGAAAUUAUUGCGUGCAUCGCAGUCGAGUUCAGUGGUGUUGGCAGCUGCGAAUGUGACAUCAUUGAAAGAUAAAGACAAGUUUUAUGAUGAUAACGAUAAGUGUGGUGGUGAUACGAAUACGAACGAUGUGAUAUCUUCGCCAGCAGAUGAAUGGUCGCAGCACGACCAACGUUUAUUCGAGACUGCCCUGCAACAAUUCCCGAAAGGAACUGCGGAUCGGUACGAUUUUUGUUACAUCUGCUCGCGUUUGUUUUGA